AUGAGAUAUGGAGAUAUGGUUCCUGCAACGCCAACGGGGAAAAUCGUUGGUGGUGUGUGUUCUCUAAGCGGAGUGUUGGUCAUUGCCCUUCCCGUACCAGUCAUCGUUUCAAAUUUUAGCCGCAUCUACCACCAAAAUCAAAGAGCUGACAAGCGAAAAGCACAGAAGAAGGCGCGUAUGGCCCGCAUUCGAAUAGCCAAAGCAACGAGUGGUGCAGCAUUCGUCAGCAAAAAGAAAGCUGCCGAAGCUCGGAUAGCCGCCCAGGAAAGCGGACAAGAUGUCGACGAUUUCCCGGAGGAUAUCUUCGAACUGCAGCACCACCAUCUACUCAGAUGCCUCGAGAAGACUACGGUGAGAAUCAUUUUAUUAUCUACGUUUAUUGUUGGUUUAAAUAUCAGCGUGCCUAAUACU